AUGAAGGAGGAGACAGACCCAAGCAUUUGCAGAGAGACAGCCAUUGUCUCUUCCUGCUCUACGGGCCUCGCAGCAACACGCAUGCAUGAAGCUUGUACAUGCAGCAGCAGCAGCAGCAGCAGCAGCUUGUGCUGCUGCACCAGCAGCAGCAGUGCAGUAACACCAGCAUCAGCAACAGCAGCAGCAGCAGCAGCAGCAGCAGCAGCUGCUGCUGCUGCUGCUGCUGGCAAGAACAAGGGAACGCUGUCCCUUGAGAGGCUGCUUUACGCAGCAGGUGUCUCCUCUUUGUGUCUCUUGGUGCUGUCUCUUUGUUUGUUUGCUUCGGGGCCUCAUGGCUUCUUGGGCAGUGGUCGCGCUGGAGGGGCAACAGCAGCAGCAGCAGCAGCAGCAGCAACAACAGCAGCGGCGCCAGCAGCACCCACCGCAGCAGCAGCAACGGCAACAUCAGCCGCAGCAGAACAGUCUUUGUUGUUCGUGCGGCGCCUCUCGGCAGAGGGGAGCGCUGCUGCAGCAGCAGCAGCAGCAGCAGCAGGAGACAGUGCCUUCAGCAGCAAACAGAUAUCUGAUAUGCGGGGAUGGAGAGACAUACUGGGCAUUGUUAUAAUUGCUGUCUCCUGCAUCGUGGCUGUCUCUGCAGGCACUGGAGGGGGUUCAAUAUACGUGCCUAUACUGUCUCUAGUGAUGGGCUUUGAGGCACACGCUGCAACUUCAAUCAGCCAGGCGUUGAUGUGCGGCGGAGUUUUAGCAGGGACUCUGCUCUGUCUCUGCAGGAGACACCCUUAUGUUGAUAGGCCUCUUAUAGAUCUUGAUCUCCUAGUGGGUGUCUCCUUCGGGAUGGUGUUGAAUAACUGUCUCCCUGCUUGGCUGUUAGUAAUAUGUUUAGUUGCGGUGUUGAGCGUAGCAGUAGCACAGACAGCGAAGCAGUAUUUGAGAUUGCUAAGAGCAAGGGGACAGGCUCUGCAGCAGGCUGUCUCCUCAGCUGUUAUGCAGCACCCAGACACAGACUGUCUCCAGAACAGGGUCCCUACUGUCUCCUCUACUCAUCUACUUGCUAAUUGCGGAGAAGCAGACGCAGCAGCAGCAGCACCACCAACAAUAACAACACAAGCUACAGCAGAAGCCUCAGCAGCAGUAGCAGCAGCUGCAGCAACAGCACCACCACCAACAGCAGCAGCAGCAGCAGCACCAACAGCAACAGCAACAGAAGAGGCAGCAGCAACAGAAGAAGCAGCAGCAGAAACAGCAGCACCAGCAGCAGCAGCAGCAACAUGGGAGCUGAGAGUUGGGCUUCCACCCAGAAGAGACAGCAGCAGCGCACAAGCUGCUGCAGCUGCUGUAGACGAUCCUCGGAGCAGCCCGUGCAGCCAGGCGCUGCAGCAAGGAGACACCGUUUCGAUAGGGACAGGGUCUCCUGCUGCUAAAGUAAUGCUGGGGGUUCAGAGUGCAGACAGAGGCAGAAGGGCGCGAAGAGAGUAUACUGAGGAGACAGAAGGAGAGACAGCAGGCAGCACCAACAGCCCCCCUACAACUGCAACGGGAGACCCUUCAGCUGCUGCUGUUGCUGCUGCUGCUGCUGGUGCUUCUGCUGCGGGAGACCUGCCUGCUGCUGCAGCAGACAUUCUCCUUACUCCUCCAUCCAUAAAGAGAACACGCAGGAGACACCUCAGCCUCAAGAGGGCCCGCAGGCGUCUCCGUGAUAUUCAGCGACGGCAUGACAUCUUAGUCUGUCUCUCUGUCUCCUUUUGUCUUUGUGUUUCUUUAUCUAUCUGUCUCUUCGCAACUGUAUAG